AUGUAUGCUGAAGCAAUGAGGGAACACAUAAAAUAUUUUGCCGUUCUAGGAACUUCAAUUAUUCUAGUAUUUACGGUGCAUUAUGUAAAACAUGAUUUAAAGUCUUCCGUUCUUCCGACAGUAGUGGGAAAUCUAAGUGACAUUGAACGCCUUCUUUUAGGGCAAAGAAACAAUCUAUCGAAAUUGCUGAAUAUAAAACAACAGGAAAUUGGACAACAAGAGUGCCAGAGAAGAAAAACCACAAGUGAAAAUGGAGGCUGGUGUGAGAAACAGAGCAAAGAGAAGGGAGGAAAACAUAUGACCGAUAGACAGCUUGUGCCUACAUUGAUACAAUUUUUAAAAGGGAAAUACAUUGGAAGUUUUGGUGAUGGACCGGGAAGAUAUAAACAACUUUUCAUUGAAUCUGGUGAGGUCAAAGGUUAUGAUGCAUAUGAUGGAUCACCAUUCUGUGACGUCACAAGCGAUGGGCGCGUUAAGUUUCUUGAUUUGACUCUACCGCAAUAUGGACUGCCUUUAUAUGACUGGGUUCUGAGUUUUGAAGUAGCAGAACACAUUCCAAGACGUUUUGAAAGUGUAUAUAUUGACAACAUUGUUCGCCACGCAAGAGAAGGUGUUGUAUUAAGCUGGGCAAAGGUUGGACAGGGUGGUUAUUCUCAUAUUAAUAACAGACCGUUUGAAUACGUUAGAGAUAUAAUGGAAUCAUUGGGAUUUAUCCAUGACAAUAAAGCAUCAGAAAUAUUAAAAUCAAAUGAAUUUCCAUUGCCAACAAGCCACAAACUUGAAAAUGGGUUGUAUGAUAUAAAUAUUCGUGCGAUUUGUGGAACCAUGGCAAAUGGAGGUAGGGCUUCUGAUCUAAAUGAGCAACUACGAAUAAUGGAUAUACCAUCUAUGCGUGAUGGAACAUUUUCUGUACUAGAAGAUUAA